GGGGCGUAUUACAACGCUGAGAUCGUUUGUAGGAGCUCCAUCGCCAGCUUCGAUUAAACGAGAUCAAGUUUCACUCAUUCUCUUCGAGAAUUGAAGUUCUGUUUUUGUGUGUUUCGGGAGAAAUCAAUCAAAAUGCGUGAAUGUAUCUCAGUCCACGUUGGCCAGGCCGGAGUCCAGAUCGGUAAUGCCUGCUGGGAGUUGUACUGCCUGGAGCACGGUAUCCAGCCCGACGGGCAGAUGCCCUCUGACAAGAUGUUGGGAGGUGGUGACGACAGUUUCAACACCUUCUUCAGCGAGACCGGGGCUGGCAAGCACGUACCACGCGCUGUGUUCGUUGACCUGGAGCCAACUGUUGUUGAUGAGGUCCGCACGGGAACGUAUCGCCAGCUGUUCCACCCCGAGCAGUUGAUCACUGGAAAGGAGGACGCCGCUAACAACUACGCGAGAGGUCACUACACCAUUGGAAAGGAGAUCGUGGAUUUGGUUUUGGAUAGAAUUCGAAAACUCGCCGACCAGUGCACUGGGCUCCAGGGAUUCCUGAUCUUCCACUCGUUCGGCGGUGGCACCGGCUCGGGAUUCACUUCUCUCCUCAUGGAGCGUCUCUCAGUGGACUACGGAAAGAAAUCUAAACUGGAAUUCGCGAUCUACCCGGCUCCCCAGGUCUCCACAGCCGUCGUCGAGCCCUACAACUCUAUUCUGACGACCCACACCACCCUCGAGCACUCCGACUGCGCCUUCAUGGUCGACAACGAGGCCAUCUACGACAUCUGCCGCAGGAACCUCGACAUCGAGCGCCCGACCUACACCAAUUUGAACAGACUGAUCGGACAGAUUGUGUCGUCAAUCACAGCUUCUCUUCGCUUUGACGGGGCUCUCAACGUCGAUCUCACCGAGUUCCAGACCAACUUGGUCCCCUACCCGAGGAUUCACUUCCCCCUGGUCACCUAUGCGCCAGUCAUCUCGGCUGAGAAAGCCUACCACGAGCAGCUGUCCGUCGGCGAGAUCACCAACGCCUGCUUCGAGCCAGCCAACCAGAUGGUCAAGUGCGAUCCUCGACAUGGAAAGUACAUGGCCUGCUGCAUGCUCUACCGAGGUGACGUUGUCCCCAAGGACGUCAACGCAGCCAUCGCCACCAUCAAGACCAAACGUACCAUCCAGUUCGUCGACUGGUGUCCCACUGGGUUCAAGGUCGGCAUCAACUACCAGCCACCGACUGUCGUGCCUGGUGGCGAUCUCGCCAAGGUGCAGCGUGCCGUCUGCAUGCUGUCCAACACCACCGCCAUCGCCGAGGCGUGGGCUCGUCUCGACCACAAGUUCGAUCUCAUGUACGCCAAACGCGCAUUCGUCCACUGGUACGUCGGCGAGGGCAUGGAGGAGGGAGAGUUCUCCGAGGCGCGAGAGGAUCUCGCCGCCCUCGAGAAGGAUUACGAGGAGGUCGGCAUGGACUCCGCCGAGGGGGAGGGCGAGGGCGCUGAAGAGUAUUAAAAGCUCAACUAUUCACGUGUAUUCUCACAGCACAAUGUAAUCGCUUUACUGAGGAUUAAAACGACUUUUGUAAUCCA